AUGGAUGUUGCUUUUUUCUUGGGAUUACCAAUAGACAUUAGAAAGCAGGUAUAUUUCCAUCUUGAUGGUCAAUUUGUCGAUUUAGGGCCUGAUAUUGUACAAGGAUUAUAUUUUGCAGAUGUAAUCAAAUUGCCCGCCGAGCCUUAUAAACCUAGUAGGCAUCAACAGCUAUUGAGAAAACGACUCUACUCUAUUUUUGAGCCAUAUUUGAAUAUAUUUGAUUAUGUACCCUCUCUGGUGGAUAGAUGGCUCGAGUAUUCAUUAUGGUUACGAUACGAUUGUAUUGUACUAGAUUGUAUGCGGUUAAACCAUUUGUAUGAAGGUGAACUGAUUGGGCCAAUAAACUUAAUCUAUUUGGAUGGUAGAGUUAGAGUGUCCUUCUUCGAUAAAAAUUACAUGCUUUGGAAUUGGUAUACCUAUAGAGAAUAUGCAAAAUGGAUAGAUGACGAGAAUGACCAGAUCGAAUUGACAUAUUUGAAGCUCAAUUUAGAGUAUUUAAGAUAUGAUUUAGUGGCCAGAAUUCUACACGAUAUGCAAAGGGAUAAGGUUUUAGAUUUUGUCAACCAGAUUCAAUUUGAGCAGGAAGAUGAAGAUGAUGAGCCAAUUGAAAUUGAUGAUCAAGACGAUUUUGAGACUGCAUCCUAUAGAAUUAAGGACCCUACCGUUAUUAAAGUGAUUCAAACGAUGGAUUUGAUGAAAGGCCUUCAACGUUUAAUUUUUCGAGGUGAUCGAUUGUAUGAGAGUUUGGUAAAUUUCCACGGUGUGAGAGAUAAUCCCGGUAAAACUAUAAACUAUAUGGCUAAAAAGAGAAUCGUCUUUCUACAACUUUUGCAAGCAGGAUCACUUUGCAAAACAGGUGUUGCAGAUUUUACGAGAUGGGAAAAUUUGAGAGAAUUGAAAUUGGUACGAGUUGGUGAAAUUGAUUUUAACAAGAUGCUAUUACCGCCAAACUGUCGCCUUCUCACGGUUCGUGGAGCUCAAACGUUGUAUUGGUGGGACGUUGUAGACCGAAUUGAACAGAUGGUGGGCGACUGUUACACUUCAGAAGUACAUGGCAACGUAUGCCAUCGCACUCUAGAUCCAAAAUCGAUGAACAUUGAAACGUUUUUCCAAUGUCAAAUAAUUGUUAAGGACAGUUUCCAACAUCUCAACUUUAUUAAAUUACAGGACAUCUACGAACUAAAAGGACGCAAAAUAGUAGUACCCAGAUCCCUUUUCUACAACAAACGAAUACUAAUGAGCGGGGAAAUAGGUGCUGAUCAAAUCAUUAUUGUUUGA